GCUUCCCGUUGUCAUGGCGGCGUUUCAAACGUCUGUUUGCUAGCUACUUGCUUUACUAGUAAAAUGCUAUUAGUAAAUAAUGGCAAUUCUCUAGCUAUGACACGAUGACAGCUACGUUUCUAAAAGAAACAACGAUGAUCUUAGCAGGGCGAGGUCAAGCAGCAAAAAGCUGGGUUGCCAUAGGUCCAAAUCAGCACUGUGGUACUGGGCUGUCCAAAACACAGUUACUGUUUAAUAAGGCUGUACCAGCCAGUGCCUACAAACCUGCAUCCAGAGUUGGCCCACCGGCCCCCAUUGUGAUUGAGAAGUUAAUGACCAAUGGGGAGGAGCAGCAGGAUGAAGACAGCACCAGGAGUUCCAUGAGCUUCUCUGCUCUCUCAGAGGAGAGGCUACUGGCUGCAGUCCGGCUGGCUAAACGGGACCUGAGGCGGAGACGGCAGGAGUCUCUAAUCAACUCUCCCAUAAGACUACAGCAGCCAGAGAACUUUCCACCUAACAACAGCACGGAUGAUCUGCCACAGCAGAGGAUGGACACAGGGAGGACAAAGGCUUCUGUCCCAAAAGAGGAGGUGACCCGGUCAGGAGCCAGAGUUCUGGUCUACACCCCCCAGAAGCUGUCUGGUCCUCUCUGGCCUGAGCAGGGUCUUUCCCCCCCGACCAAAGACCCUGGCCCAGGUCAGACCAACAACAGCCAGGAGCCCAAGCUCAGCCAGGAGAUUCGCAGGCUGCAGAAAGAGCUGGCCAUCUACAUUCAGAGAAUUGAGCAGCUGGCUAGCAGAGGCGGUUCACUGGAGAAGCCUCUGGAGCCUGACGAACAGCGGAGGGUGGAGGUCCGCAGACAGGAGCAGGCGGCCCGCUCUGCACGCAUCAUCUACGUACUGCAGCAACAGGUGAAAGAGAUCCAAGCGGAUAUAGAUAAGCUACGUUCCCCAAAAAUUCAUCACACGAAAAAAUCCAGAGCCAUGGACAGACUGGCCGCUGCCCACAGGGGGGCGGUCAGGGCCAUGCAGGUCUUCACCAGCCAGCUCUCUGGUCCGUCCGAGGGCAGAGUGCCUUCCCAUUACAAAGAACUUGGCCAGCUGAUUCGCCAGCUCUCUCUGUGUUCUGCCAAGGUGGAGGUGGGCCAGGGCUCCGCCGUGCCCGAGACGGCCCUGGACAUCCUACAGAAGCUGGAGACCCUCGACUCAGCGCUGAGUAAACAACACAGUCCUCGGAGGAGGCCUACCCGAGCACGCAGCCCCUCCCCUGCACGCUGGCGCUCUCCGCACCGCAGCUCGACGCCCCCGCACGCAGCCAGGGGCCCUGCCACAAGGGGGCCUGCCACCAGGGGGCUCCAAGGAGCCAGGAGAGCUGUGGGCCCCAAGAGGAGCUUCCCUGGUAGGAGGGUCCCCCAGCCCCCCAGAUCCAGUCAGGCUGCCCCCCUGGACCGCAGCCAGGUGCUGCGUGCUGGUCUGGAGAGCCUGGUCCUGCAGAGAGAGCUCAGAGAAGGAGGACAGAAGCCAGGUGGCCAGCUACGGGACGUGGGUUUUCAGCAGCCCACAGUGGCCUCCAGACUGAGGGUCAGCCAGCUUCCCCAGAAAGAGCCCUCUGUACCCUGGAUCCCAACGUCCCCUCACUCUCCUCCCAGACAACGUCCCCCCCACAGGAGGCCAGAACCUCGGUGUCUCUUCUCCCCUGGGAAGCCCCCCGCGGCCCCGUCUGAGCUGCCCGCCUCCCCGCCCUCAGGCCCCCCAGCCUCAGGCUCCCCAGAGCAGCAGGAGCAGCAGGGGAUUAUGGGAGGGGCCCAGGUGACUUCAGAACAGGGAAUGAGCCCGGACAAGAAGAGACAAGCCCAGAGCGAAGCUCUCAGGCAAGCCUGGCUGGAUAAGAUGACGAGGCAGAGGCUGAUGGAGCUGGACCGGCUGAGUCAGGAGGCAGUACGACGAAUCCACAGAAUGAGGUGUGAUGUGGGCUCUUCGACACACUGGGCAGAGAGAGGAGAUCAGGAGACUGGUGGAAGACGGGCGUCAUUGUUGGGCCAGGCUCAGGUGGCUGCUGUGGAGAGUACUGAGCAGGUGAGCGAGGCUCUGCUCGAGGAGCUGCUGGACGAGGCAGCGCGGGAGGCCUGGACGGCCCAGACGGACAGGCUGGCCGAGGGGCCGGCCCAGAGACGGCUCCAGGCCCCCACCCUGGAGGACAUGCUGCUGAGGAUGGAGGAGAUGGAGAGAGACCAGGAGGCGGUGAGGAGACGGUUUAACACCAUCUCAUACUCUGACCCCGACUACAGCGACAGAGAGAAGGCCACUGGGACCCAGACACCUGCUCCAGGCUCCAGGACAGUCUCUCCCAGGACAGUCUCUCCCAGGACAGUCUUUCCUUGCUCAACCAGGCCCUCCAGACCAACCCUAAGACACUCCCCCACGGCUGACAUCAUCGUAGAGAAGCCCAAUGUGAUGGGACACACUCCUCAGCCUGAGGCCGGCUUCACGGAGGAGAGACCUUCGGAGGACAUGGCGUCCGGUGGCCGUCUUGCCGUGGCGGCGUGGGGGAGCCGAGGCCGGACGCAGGUCUCGGUGCCGGGCAGCUUGCUGAGCAGCAUCCUGCGCUACAGAGAGGACCACGAGGCCUACCUCCGCCUGGUGGCUCACGAGGCCGUCGGCAGCUUCAACCCCUGGGCCAUCGCUGACAGCCUGGCUGAGGAGCUGAUGUCGGAGGCCCUGGCAGAUGUGGCUGCAGAGUUCCAGGAUGUGUGUGAAGAAUAUGCAGAAGCUGUCUUCACCUCUGAGUUCCUCCAGCCAAUCCUCUCUCCUCCUGCCCCAGUUCCACCACUGGACAGCCAAUAGGAGAUCUCCUAGCCAUUCCAGAUAUUCUACUGUCCAGAUGCCAAGAAGAGAUAUGAUCAUUAUUUAGUUAAAGGAACAAGAUGUGAAGCGUUAAUGGGGCAAACAACAUAUUUACACUAUCUUAUAUGUUACCAUCAGAUUAAGUUUACAAAUGCUGCAUGAGUUUUCAUUAUUUUAUUCCCGUUUAUAGGUUCUUUGUUAAACUUCCCAGACUUUCAUGGGAGUAUUCCAUUGGGAAAGUUGGGCUACUUCUGAUAAGCUUAGUGAGAACAUUAUUAAAAAGGAUUAAAAGAUUAUCGAACCACUUUUCGGUAUAUAAAUCUCUCAAAGGAUUACUUGCGCUUUUUAUUUCUAGACUGCAAUAUGGAACUAAAUUAAUAGCACAGACCACUUCCACACAGGACACAGGAAUCAAAGACCCCUAAGAUUUUUUUAACAUCUUCAUGGCAUAUUUGGCUUUCGACUAACAUACGGAGCCCUUGUGCUUCGUCAUUCCCUCCCUUCCUCCUUCCAGUGAGCAUACCUUUGUGUAUGUUGUGGCCAAAAUGACUUAAGUGAUUUAUUAAAAGUAUAUUGCGAAUGCACACUGGAGGGGGAUGUCGGAAGCCCUCAGAACGUGAAAGCAGCUGUGAUGGAGGAGGAGAGGCACGUUUAGACGUCACGCCCACGGGGGUCUUCCUCUGACAGGGGGGAAAAAGUGACUUACAGCAUUAGCUCACUUUGAAUCAGUCGCUCUCUUUCCCUUCUGUUCUGUGUGGGUGUCCGUGCAUGCUUUUCUAUCAAAUUUAUUCCAAGCCAUAGACAAAAACUAAUUGGAAUCGAGGUGGGAUAACAUUUUAGUUGAAUAUAGAAAGUACUUUCAUGCUUGAAAUAGGGAGAAAAUCAUAUUUGGACUGCGUGUGCGUGCUAUUUUCAAAUUAUUUUAUAUUGUCAUGGUGCAGACAGGUUAUUUUUUAUACGAACCUGUGUGCUCAAGUGGCUGUUACCUCCCCAGACAUCACAGGCACUUGAUAACAAGAUCCACCUCUGUGUAAACGCACAAGAUAAUGAAAUAGAUUUUCUUUGCUUUGAUGUAUUUUUGUGUAUUGAUGUAUAUGUAGGCUAUGCUUGAUCAAAUUGAUUAGUUUGAUAUAGAUGCCUAAGUAGACAUGUGUAUAAUGCUUGAUGAUGCGUUAUUAGCAUACUAUGAAUAUAAAUGUGGUGCUUUAGCCCUGUAUUUUAUCUCAAUACUUUUUUAUAUUUAAAAUUCAGGUACAUCCAUUCAGAGACCACAUGCUCAUUGAUGUAAAUUACCAGAGCGCUGUGUUAUUAGUUUGGUUGUCCCUGUUGGUUACAGUAGCUAAACCUAAUGGCUGCCUGAGCCAUUAUCUUCCAUACUAACCAAAUGAAUGUGUCUGAGCAGGAUGACUGCUGUAGUCAUCUCCAUGGUACACUUCCAUUGAGAUGACACAUUACAGUCUGUUGAAUCAAGAUGAGGAUAUUUUUUGUUUUCCCUCUGGGCCGCUUCCGAACCCUCCGUCAGCGUACGAGGUGAUCAGACUCUGGGAUGAUAUCAUGAUCAUUGGGUUCCUGUGUGGAGGAGGGCUGCAGCUGAGUCAAUGAUCCCAAGGCAGGAAACCUCCAGUCAACCUUAAAAAAUACAAAGCUUUACUUGAACUACAUUACAAAAUAGAUCUUGUGUCCUCCUCUGCACAGAACAAGUCUGUUGCUGUAGUUUAUAUGAAUGCAGUACAUGUAUACAGAUAAUAUUGAAUGGCUACUCAAGGCAUGUAGUAAUUACCGUGUUGUUGGCUGAAGCACAACUGAAUGGUGGUUAGUGUUACUCUGUGGAUAUCAAGGAGAGCCUAGCCUGCCAAUUCCAGGUUAUUGUGACUGGUGCUCCCCUCUUUUCUUAGGACUGUGUGUUAAUAAAUAGCAGUGUGCCUCUGUGUUGGAAAAGCUGGUCAAAUUGAGCUUGUUGACAGGAAGCUUUCUUAUUGCCUCACCAAGUGAUGGGUUUUAGCCUUAGCACCGAAACAUCAGUUUACAAGCCUUUGCGCUUGUGUGUUUGACUUGAAGGAUUUGGAGAACGUUUUGUUUUCUUAAUCUUAAUUGUGUUUUAUAAAGUGUUCAAAUCAUGUAUUUAUGGGUGCUUUCCAAUAAAUCAUUGUUCUACUAUCUUGA